CCGAGAAUUACACAGGCGUCUGAUCUCGAUCUUAAUAGAGAGGGGACUAGAAGAAUUUCUGUCAAAGCAGCCAUAUUAACACAGACCAGCCGGAGCUAAUGAGGCACUGAACAAACGCUUUGUCAUACAGUAUGAGUCUUUAAAGAUGAAGAGCAGAUGAGAUGGAGGAAGACAAUGAUGAUAACACAGCAGCUGGAGGAGGAGGAGGAGGAGGAGGAGGAGGAGGAGGAGAGCCUGAAACCAAAUCUGUACCAUCUGCAGCCAAUGGGAAAGUAGAUGAGACAGAAGAGGGUGCAGCCAAAGCCGAGUGUGAUCCAGUGAAUGAACCUGGUGAAGCUCAACACUCAGAGAAGAAUGAUGAAAGCACAGGAAGACAGUCUGAAAUCGAGUCUGUUCAAUUUGCAACCGAUGAGAAAGACGAGGAAGAGACUGCAGCUAACACAGAGAUAAAGUGUGAUCCAGUGAGUGGUGCUAAACACUCAGACAAUGACGAUGACAGCACAAGAGUGGGAAGAGACUCUGAAAUCACUUCUGUAAUACCAUCUACAAACAACGAGAAAGGAGAGACUGAUGAAGUUAAAGAGGUCAACAAUGAAAGCAGCAGUAACAUGACUGAGCGGUCUAUGGAGGAGAGUGAUGCAGUGAAGGACACAAGUCCAUCAUCUCAGACUGUUUCAGCAGAGACCAAAGAAGUAGACCAGUGGGAGGAGAGUGCAGCUAAAACAGAGGUAAAGUGUGAUCCAGGGAAUGAACCUGAUGAUGAUAAACACUCAAAGAAUCAUGACCACGCAUCAGUAGGAGAAUGUGAAAUCAAGCCUGUACAAUCGGCAGCCACUGAGAAAGGUACCUUUGAUAUGGAUAAGAGUGGAAACAAGAAUAAGCAGUCAGUGAAGAGUUCUGAAGAGAUCAACAGAAAGGAACAAUAUCAAAGAAAAACUGAAACGCUGCUUGGCAGACUUCACCUUCAAGAUAAACAUCAACAGAAGUUGUCACCAGCAGAUUUUCUUAAAGUAGGUCCACCUGUGAAACAGGACCAUGAAACAUCUGAGAAGGAACUCGAACAUACUUUUCUUCAGAGGUUGAUGAUGUUAGACUACAGAGCCAGAUAUAUUCCUGUAAGACAGGAUAGUGAUGAGGUGACCCAUUCAAAGUCUGUUGUAGAGUUUGACACUGUUGAUACAGAUGAUGAUGACUUCAGUAAUUUUUGUAGAGCCACUGUAGACUUUGAUCAAUCAAGACAGACUCACGUGCAUCCCAUGGAUGUUCAAAUGGCAGUAUUUCACUGCUCAGACAGCUUUUUGAAGCAGAAUAUGACUACAAAGCUAUCACAAUGUCAGUAUGCCUUACCUUUGCUUAUUCCUGACCCAGUCACAAUGGAUAUUGAAUGUCCUCUGUGGACUUUCAGACAAAUAAGAAAAACAUGGAAGGUAACUGAAAUCAAAGAUAAUUCAAACAAUGUCACCAUGAAGAGAAUGCCCAUCUACAAAGCUGAGACACCCAUGGUGUCAUUUCUCCGCCUGGGUUCACUAUCUCUGUCUAAGUCACAGCUGAUUAACACUUUGAUCAAUGACCGUCACAGCACCUUCUUCCACAGAAACUGCCCAGGUAGCACCAAGUCUCACCAUCUGAUAGAUGGUGUGGCAGAGAUUGCCUGGUACUGCCCUGCAGGAAAACCCAAUGAUGCCUUCACUGACUGCAUUGCCUUCUGUAAUCUUCAUGGUGAUGCUCUGUCAAUUGAAAAACAGCGUGACAUACUGACUGAGAAAUCUUCAAUAAAUGUGGUUCUUGUACCAACUCUGGGAAAAGGUGAUAAAUGUUCUGCAGUUAUCUCAGCCCUUCUCAAGUCUCCAAAGCCUCUCAUAUGUCUCAUUGCUGAUAAUGAUGGUGGUGCAGUUGAGAUGAAAGCGGGAAAAUACAAAAUGGGUCUUCGAGACAGAAGUCAGUCAGAUGUUUCCAAAGAACUGAAAGGAAUCAUUGGAAGAAUUUUGUCAGGACCACAUGCAUCCUUCCAGCUUGAAACCAUGGCUGAAGUCUCUGGAAUCAGAGUGGAUGAAGAUGACAAUGUCUGCCAAAAGGGAAAAUCUGCUGCAAUUAAAAUUGUCAACUUGCUUCAGAGGAUGGAUGUGUCAAAGAUCAAAGAUACAUUUCUCCCUUGUCAAGGCCAACUGUGGCACAAGUGGUGCAGAAUAAACAAAGAACUGUAUCACCUCAAAGGACACAUUGAGAGAGAGAAGUGCCAAAAGCAACAGGAACUGAUGCGAAUACGACAAGAUCAAUGCACUGCUUCCUGUAGUAAACUGGUGACAUUGUUCAUUCAAACCCUCUCGUCGUUGCCAUCAACAGAAAGAGAGUAUUGCCUGAAGUGGACUCAGAUUUUGAUUGAUGCCCUCUCCACAGAUGAUCUCUCUUCUAUUCUAAGAAGCUAUGAUGAAAAGUGGUCUGAGGUCUUGGCUUUGAAAAAGAAGCAUGACAAAUCUGAUCUGUUAAAAAGAAAGCAAACUGAGCUUGAACAAAUAUCAACAAAACUACAGUCUGCCACUUUUGGCUUGGAGCACAUCUUUAGAGAAAUGGGACAGAUCUAUGAAGCCCAUGCAUCUCUGCAGAAACAAACAAAGAUGAGAAAAACUGACUGGUCUAAAUACCCUGAGCUGGCUGCAGAGCUGAUGAUAUCAGGACACCCAAUGGAGCUGAUGGAUGGUGAUGCAGGUCAUGUGCCUUUAACGUGGAUCUCUAGUCUUUUAGAUGAAGUCAUCAAGACACUGGGUGACAAAAGAGUUUUUGUUUUGUCAGUGCUGGGUGUACAAAGCAGUGGAAAAUCAACAAUGCUGAAUGUUAUGUUUGGGUUACAGUUUGCAGUGAGUGCUGGCAGGUGCACCAAGGGUGCCUUCAUGCAGCUGGUCAAAGUUUCAGAUGAGAUCAGGGAAGACUUUCACUUUGACUACAUUCUAGUGGUGGACACUGAAGGACUGCGCGCUCUUGAGUUGGAGGGUAACACCAGUCUUCACCACGACAAUGAACUGGCAACGUUUGUUGUUGGUCUGGGAAACAUGACACUAAUCAACAUCUUUGGAGAGAAUCCAGCUGAGAUACAAGAUGUUCUGCAGAUUGUAGUUCAGGCUUUCAUGAGGAUGAAAAAAGUUAAAAUUACUCCAAGUUGUGUGUUUGUUCACCAGAAUGUUACAGAUAUUACAGCUGCAGAGAAAAACAUGGACGGAAAGAGACGGCUGCAAGAAAAACUGGACAAGAUGGCCCAACUAGCAGCCAAAGAGGAGGUUUGUAAUGCUGAUUGCUUUCGUGAUGUCAUUGCAUUUGAUGUGCAGAAAGAUGUGAAAUACUUUGCCCAACUAUGGGAGGGAAGUCCACCUAUGGCUCCUCCAAAUCCAGGGUAUAGUGAGAGCGUCCAAGAGCUGAAGACCAUCAUCCUCUCUAAAGCUUCACAGUCAACUGGAAUUACUCUCUCACAGUUCAAAAGCAAAAUUCAGGACCUGUGGAAUGCACUGUUGAAUGAAAACUUUGUUUUCAGUUUCAAAAACACACUUGAAAUUGCAGUGUACAGAAAACUUGAGGACCAGUAUAUGAACUGGACCUGGGCCCUGAGGAGCAACAUAUUGACUAUUGAGAACAGGUUACAUACCAGAAUUGAAAAUGGAAAACUUGACAAGGUUGAGCUCAGCUAUCUUAAUAAGGAAAUGAAUAAAACAUAUGAAGAAAUCAAAAAAGCAAUGACAACAUACUUUGAUGAUGACAGAGACAAAGAAAUACUGGUUCAGUGGCGAGGACGAUUUGAAAGCAAAAUCAAGGAGUUUCAUGAUGACCAAGUGAGAGGAGUCAAAAAAAAACUGGAUGAAGUCAUUGAGCAGAAAAAUGCUUGUAAAAAGCUUGAUGAUAAGAAGACAGAGUUUGAGAACAAGCUGCUACAAAAGAGCAAAGAACUUGCUCAUCAGUUAAAGGACAAGGCAAAAGAUGAAGAGGAACUUAAAAAACAGUUCAACUCUGUUUGGAGUGGUUGGGUUAGUGAACUAACUGCAGGCACAAGACCUAUUGAGGAUAUCAACUUUGAAGAAGAUCGGACAACUGUCCUUCAGGAGCUUGGUUUUGAAUGGACUCUUAUAGCUGAAUCUGAAAGAAGUGGCAGCUACAAAAAAAUGUCAGAGGUUGGUGAUUACAGUUGCUAUGUAGCUCUCAGCAAGGACCGAGACCUGUGUAACACAGGCCAACAUACAAGGAAAAGGGACACAAGAGGGAAAAAAAAGCGUUCUAACGCUGCAAACAGAUUCUUUAAAUUUGUUUCAGAAACAGCUACAAAAGCAGGAUAUUACCUUAAGGGAUAUUUCCAGUAUGAAGAACAGCAACUGAUCAGAUCCUUCAUUGACAACAUUGAAAAACAGUCCCUUGAUGCAAUCAAGAGCAAACCUGUCGCCUCAAGAGGAUACAGUCCAAAUUACUUGCACGAAGUGGUCAACAGCGUCAAGGAAAAAGUGGCAGAAUUUGAAUCAAACAGGAAAUAUGCCCUGAAGAAAAAGUUUACAGUUGAUCUUUUACUGUAUGUGUUUGACAAGGCAGAGAGAUGGCUUUCAGAGUCCCACAAGGAAUUCAGAAGAAACAACGAUGCACUCACUUGUGUAGAAAGCAAGAAAAUGCAAUAUUACAACAUUUUCAGAAGCUUCUGCAGAGGAAGCUCAUCUGCUGUUGUGUUUGGAGAACUGAUCUGUGAAAAACUGAAGAGUUCCACUGUUGAGGCUGUCUGUAACAAGACUGCUAUUGAUCUUGCUGGAAAGAUGAUGUGCAGUUUCCCAGCAUUCAGUGGGAACAGGUUGAACUUGGAGAAACACUUGCUGAAGUCACUGGCUGAGAAAGAGGACUUUGAUGAUUUUAUCACCUACAUCCGCCACCCAAGGAACCAAGCAGAGACUUUUAUAAAAGAGCAAGUACAGAAAUACAUCCUCACAGACAAUAAAAAUGAAGCACGGAAUAUACUCAAGAAAAAGGUUGAAGACAUCAACAAGCUUGUGAGUCAAGCUUUAUUUACUGCAACAGAUAAAGUCAAAACCCAGAGAGGAGACUCAGACAUGUGGGUAAAGGAAUUUUCCAGUUUGCUAAAAGAUGAGCUGACAUUCGAUACCAUUUGUUGUCAAAACUUCAGUGACAUUAACAAUUUUGACUUCCUUAAAGAAGAGAUAGAGAAAGGCCUUGUAUCAGUUAUGAAGGAAGUGGGCAGCAUCUCAUUGGAUAAGAUGAAGGAAUUCAGGAUGAAGCCUGAUCAAAUCCUCAUCGAUCAGCUGUGUAACUGCUGCUGGGCAAAGUGUCCAUUCUGUGGAGCUGUUUGUACCAACACGCUAGAAAAUCACAGUCCUGACAAACAUAGUGUGCCUUUUCAUCGGCCCUCUGGGAUUGAAGGAUGGCAUGUUCGAGGCACAGUGGAACUGGACAUCAACUUCUGCACAACAUUAGUUGCAAGUGAUCAACAUUUCCGCCCCCAUCAUGACUCAGAUGAGAGUAUUCCUUACAAACAGUAUCAACAUGCUGGGAAGAAGUAUGCAACAUGGCAAAUUACUCCUGAUGAGUCAAAGCUGACAUACUGGAAAUGGUUUGUAUGUCGAUUUCAACAGCAACUGGAAAACCACUAUAACUUAAAAUUCCAGGGCAGAGGAGAAAUUCCUCUUGACUGGCGAACCUACAGUCAAAAAGCAGCUAUUGAAAGUCUGGAUGAAAUGUACAAUCUGUGACUGAGCCAGAAACAACCAAACUCUACUCAGAGUAACAGAAAGCCAAAGUGUCUUUAACUGUUCAACAGAAAUAGGAGCUUUGAAUUUGAUUAAAGGAGUGCAACAAUAGCAAUAAUGACAAUGGAGUCUUUUCCAAAAUGAUGAAAACAGCACCUGUUCAUAAUCUGAUCAAUAUGUAUCUUAAUGCUUUUUAAUGUAUAACAGUAGAAAUGAUUCCUGAAAAUGUCUUGAGGCAAAUGAGAACACAAUGUAUGUUAAAUUACAAUUAAAUGAUGAUUGAAAAAAGAAUGAGACAGAUCAGAAUUUGUCAUAAGUUUUUUUUUCCAUCAAAAAUGUUUUUUCUUAUUAUUUUUCGUGAUGAUUAAGAUGCAUUUAACAUGUAUGUACUUAUUUUAAGGAAAAAUAUUCAAAUAAAUGAAAGAGCUUUUAUAGUUGUCAUGUGUUGUGGACAUAAUGUCAUUACCUUAAAAAAACAGAAAUGUAAGUUAUGAUUUGACUUUUGUUUUUACUAUUUUUUACUUUUACAUGAAAAUCUCAUCAAACAGACAUGACAUGAAACUGAUCUAAUUGUAUGAGUUUCUAUAAAAGAAAGCAAAAAAUGAUCAGGGUGUGAAUGUGCAAUUCAUUCAAAGAUGUGUAUGUUUCUUUCAUUACAAGAUGCAUGACAUUUUCUUUUGACAGUUGUUCAAUGUUUUAAGAGCAAACAAAGGUGUAGGCUGUUGAGCUGAGACAUUUAUAAUGCCAAUUUCAUUAAAAGGCAGCAUAGCAGGUGACACAAGGUUUUUUAGUUUUGAUAAAAGUUGUAAAUAAAAAUCUCUGUGAUUGUAUUUUUUUAAACAUUUUUUGAGGGAUUUAAAAGAAUUGUGAGAAUUGUAACAACUGAUAUGUAGGAUGAGUCAUAAGAUGGAUGUUCUGCUUGAACUAAUGAAGUGCUGUUGAUUAUGAAAAAGGCAUGAAACUUGUAUUUAAGACUUGUCGAAACGGAAAAAAGGGAAACAGUUUUUAGAAGUUGACAUAUUGUGCAAAAAAAGAACUAUUUUUACAUUAUUUUGUUUAUCUUUCUCUAUCUGUUGCCCAUCUGAAAAUAAUUUUUACACAAAUAUUUUCAUCUUCAUAUAUUUUUAAUUUUGUACUUUUCCUUAAAGUCAUAUGUUUGUUUGUUUUUUAAAGAAUCUGAUAAAUGAUGCUUUGUACUUUUUCAAGUAUUCGGAGUAUACAAUUCUACACUUUUGAUUUUUCUUUCUUUUUUUGUUGUUAUUUUUGUUUAUUUUUUAUAUUUACUUUUGUUGUUUGCUUAAUGUGGCUCCUGUCAUUGAUAUAUUGAUAUCCAUAAUUACUAACAGAAAUAUCAGCCUAUGUGAAAACAAAAUUGGAAUUGUUUUUUUUUUCUGUAAUAAAUAGACCAUUCAUGCAAUCA